GCGAGACGUCGGAGGAGAAGCUCCGCGAAUCCAUCUCGAGCUUCCUCCCGCCGCUCUUUGGGCUCUCCGUCGGCGCGGACCGGUGGGGCUGGCCCGAGCGCGACCUUUCCUAGACCCCUCCUAGACCUUUCCUAGACCUCUCCUAGAACCGUCCUGUAGGUGGGGCUGGCCCGAGCGCGACCCGGCCACGCUGCGAGUCUUCCGUGAGAGCGACUUUGGCCCCUUUGUGCGCGCGAUGCAGGACAGCAUGGCGGAUGGCAAGACCGCCGUCGUGCGCAUGACGCUGACCACGGUGGGCAGCGAUUACGUCUCUCCCCGCAUCUCCCGCAUCUCCCCGCAUCUCCCCAUCUCUCCCCAUCUCUCCCCAUAUCUCCCCAUAUCUCCCCAGGUGGGCAACGACUACAUGGGCGUCGCGCCGGACAAGCGUCUCGACCUCUGCCUCUUUUACCUCUCGAGCUCGAAAGAGUGGGAGGCGCAGCUGCCGCAGGACACGCGCGACCAGCUGGCCAAGGGCGACGACGGCCCCUUCGCCGGCUUCCCGCACUUUGGCUCGUUCCUGCCCAACCCGAUCGUCUCGUGUGGCGCCGGCGGCGAGUGCUGCGGCCUCAAGGGAGGUCUCACAUCACUGACCAACGAGCAGACGAACCUGCUCGCCGGCCUCACCGACUGGGCAGUCAUGAAGAACAAGGAGCUGCUCGCGGACAUGUUUGAGUAGGCCGGCCGGUCCAUGACAUGAACCGAUAGACACAAGCAAAAAACCUUCACCUCU